CCUCUACCUGAUAGGUUGAGGACCAAAAAGCAUGGAUUCUAUAAUAUUAGGUUUCCUUAGCAACACAUCCCUGUUGUCAGUAUGGAGAAAACCUGGGCGACAGUGGCAGGAUGUAGGUCAUCCUCAUUUAUCUCGUGAUACCAGGCCUUGGAAGAAAGACUUAGCGUCUGUCUAAUCAAUUAGAGAUGAAUUUCUUGGAGUCAUCUGGAUUCAAGUUUAAAACCCUGACUUUGGAUUUAGGAGAUCAAUUCCAUCUUUACAAUCUAUAGGGUCCCACUGAAUCUGUCCCCUGGGGUCACUCCAGCCCUGUGUGGCCCCAGUAAACCUGUCAUACUAAGUUUUUCACAGAAAGUCUCAGAAAGGAAAGUGUUAUCUAACAGAGCAGCCAGUGGACUCAGUGUGCAGAAUACUUCUGGGCAUUAAGUGAAGACAAGUUGGAGGUCUUCCAUCCCAAUCAGAGGAUCUUUCUCCACUGGAAACAGAAACACAGAGCGGUGUUCCCACACUCAUUUCUCUAAGGCUCCAGACAAUAGGUAUUUGUCCUGUUCAAGACCUUGGGAACUGGUGGGGUGUCAAGGUCGGAGACUUGAAUAACUGAAGAAAGCAAGUGUACAAAAAUGAGUUUUCAUUUAUUCUUCUCAGUCAUGGGCCUCUCCAGAAAAAGGUGACUGCAGCACUGGCUUGCUAGCCUACACUCGUGAGUAUUGUUCCUGAACAAGAUCAUCAUGCCUCGGGGUCAGAAGAGUAAGCUCCACGCCCGAGAAAUAUGCCACCAGACCGAAGGUGAGACCCGAGAUCUCCAGAGUGUUCAGGCCCCUGCAAUGAAGGAGAAAAGCUCUCUACUUCCAACUUCUCCUUAUGUAGGGGUUACUACCCGUACAAAAUCAGCCUGCAGGCUACAAAGCACUUCCAAGGUGCCUCAGAGAGCCUUUUCUACCAGUGAGUCUAAGUGUGUUUCUCCUACAAGGUCAUAUAAAGGAGGUAACUACAGAAAUAAGAGAAAACAGGAUUCUUCCAAGGCCUCAUCCUCCACAAUGAAGCCCCCUCGAAGCUCUCUGAUUGGCACAGUCCGAGUGGUAGUAAAAUACAUGAUGCAGAUGUAUAAAAUGAAAAAGCCCAUUCUGAAAGCAGAUGUGCUGAAGGUGAUCACCAAAGAGCAUAGAAAACGCUUCUUUGAAAUCCUCAAAAAAGCUUCUUUCAACAUAGAGGUGGUAUUCGGUGUGGACUUAAAGGAAGUGGAUUCUAUAAAGCACUCCUAUACCCUUGUCAGCAAAAUGAAUCUCCCUAACAAUGGCACUGUGACUAGAGGCAGGGGACUUCCCAAGACUGGCCUGCUAAUGAAUCUCCUAGGUGUGAUAUUCCUGAAAGGAAACUGUGCCAGCGAGGAAAAGAUCUGGGAAUUCCUGAACAAGAUGAAAAUAUAUGAUGGAAAGAAACAUUUCAUUUUUGGGGAACCCAGGAAGCUUAUCACUCAAGAUUUAGUGAAGCUUAAAUACCUGGAGUACCGUCAGGUGCCUAACAGCCAUCCUGCAAGCUAUGAGUUUCGGUGGGGCCCCAGAUCUCAUGCUGAGACAAGCAAGAUGAGGAUCCUGGAGUUUUGGGCUAAGAUCAACCACACAGUUCCCAGUGCCUUCCAGUCCCGGUAUGAUGAGGCUCUGAGAGAUGAGGAAGAGCGAGCUGGAGCUGCAGGCAUACUCAGUGACACAUUAAUCCACGGCAGUUAAGUGUUCCACAACCAUGUCAAACAGGUCCUCCCACAUCUGGGCAAGUUAGAGCUUUUUGAUUUUACUCUGGAGUUCAAGAGGGCAGCUACUGAAAGAGGUAGUGAAGGACUGUGUGUAGCUAGAGGGAAGGUGGUGAAUAGCUUUGUGUUCCUGUUCUGUAUGGGCAGUUUGGAAAAUUAUCUGCCUUUUGUUUAAUUUCAUUUUUUUCAAAUGUUCUUUUUAAUCUAUCAGUAUGAUUCGUUUAAUAAAGACUAUAUUGUUCACACAUGUUCAUCAGUGUUAAAAGAAAGAGUUUCAUUAUAAAAGAAAUUGGCGAAGCUUUUAUUAGCUAAUCUAUCUACUUCAAAAUAAGAUAGAAUUGUAAAAAA